AUCAAGCAAGAUGAGACAAAUCAAUUUAGCCGCCGUGCUGGUGAUGGCACUGAUACUUUCGGUGAGCAUAUCCGAAGCACGACGCAUCAAGCGACAGCAAUCGAAUCGCAACCCUUUCACAACCUAUUUUCCACCGAGCCAGAAAUUCAUCCGAAAUCGGCCAUCGCAGUUCGGCAGCACCAACCAACCGGUGCGAACGACUUUCCUGACCGAGGGAUUCAACGAUGUGACGACGACGGUGCGGGUGACGCGUCCCCAGAACCAACAGCCACCGCCGCUGGAAGCCAGGAAGCCAUCUAGGUCACGUGAAUUUUAUAUCUGCUUGAACAACUGCCUGACGCUGAGCCACUACAAUCCGGUCUGCGGAACGGACCACACCACCUAUAACAACGUUUACAAGCUGGAGUGUGCGAACCGGUGCGGCGCAAGGCCCAGAGUUCAAAUCCGAAAGCCCGGCGUUUGUUGAUUAAGCACACGAGCGUCCGUCUCGAGAGCCGCCAUCAGUGGUAGU